AGCAACGCAAUAAUUAAACGAUAUCGUUUUUUUUAGUUUUUAUUUCGCAUUUCCAUUUUUGUUGGGAGUUUCGAAUUCACACGAUACACUGCUUUAAUCUCAGAUUCAUGGGAAAGAUUAAGUCCUUCAAACAAGAAUUCUCAUUCGAUGAAAGACGGAAGGAAUCAGAAUGCAUCGUUGUCAAAUAUCCGGAUCGAGUUCCCAUCAUCAUUGAGAAAUAUUCAAGGACAGACCUACCUGAAUUGGACAAGAAGAAAUAUUUGGUUCCUCGAGAUAUGUCUGUUGGGCAGUUUAUUCACAUUUUGAGUAGCAGGCUACGUUUGAAUCCUGGGAAAGCACUGUUUAUUUUUGUAAAGAACACGUUACCUCAGACUGCAAGUCUCAUGAACUCCAUUUAUGAAUCUUACAAGGAUGAUGAUGGGUUUUUGUACAUGUGUUAUAGCAGUGAGAAAACAUUUGGCUAAUUUCUUGUGUUUGUUAAUUUUUGUAAGUACUCGCAAAUUGUGUAUUGUUGUCAAUAUUUGUAAUCCACUUCAGUACAUAAUGUACUU